AAAUUGAACAAGAGAGAAAUUUGGUCUCGGUUGUAUGGUGGCAAAUGUGCAUAACAUUUUUCGAGUGAAUAAAUCAUUCACUCGAUUUGUGAAUAACAUUUUUAUACCAAAAAAAAGGAAAAUAAAUUAAAUCAAUCUGCUGUGCAUUUUUUCUACCAAACCGAAUUCAGUCGAAAGCAAAAGUGUUUAGAGGUUCGUGUUUUUGAUACGUCUCCAUGUGAAUAAUAAGUGGAAAAUCGUUGAAUAAUCACUCAAUAAUCGACAAAAAAAAAAUCUUGAAAAGUCCGACAGAAAAGAUCUCUAAUCGAUGACUUCAGUAAUACUUUACAUUCGAAACGAAUUUUAACUAAAACUAACUAGGAAAAUAAACACUAUAGUGUGUUAGCUGUGUUAAAAAAAAGGUGGAGAAUAAUUUUUUAAGUGUGUAUAUCGUAAAAUAAAUCGUUGUUGAAUAUUUCAAACAAGCAAAACAAAGUACACGAACCAAUUUCGUAGUUGAUUUAAUGUAUUUCGUUCAGUUGCAAUAAAAUAAAAAAUAAUAGAAAAAAAAUGGAUGAAAAACCAGCAAAAGUGCAUCAUAAAUCAAAGCAUCGAAGAGGUGCUUCAUCGCGUAGAGAUUUAGCUGAACCAACAACGUCACCCACGAAAACAGCAACAACGCCACCACCACCAACGGUACCAACAACAACAUCCAUUGUGAUUGUGCAAUCACAAUCAAAUGAUGACGAAAGACCUGAAUCGCCUGCGUCAUCAAUAUAUGUAAAUAGCAAAAAUCUACAGUCGACUGGAUUAGCAGACACAGAAUUGGGCGAAGCGCACUCGUCACGAGACACGGUUGAAAAUGUCACUCAAAAUGAAAAUGCCGAUGAGAAAUCGAUGUUAUUUCUCAAAUCGACAAUGGCAAAUGGUGGAAAAAAUUCACCAAAAUCACCAGCCCUAAAAUUUCCAUCUCUAUCGGAUCCGACUGCAAGUCCGGCACAGCGUUCAAUUCGUAGCCGUUCAAGCAAUGAAAAAAGUCCACGGCAAAAGCGUAGUAAAUCCGAAUCGCGGCGUCGACGUGAGCGUAAGCUUAUUGCCGCUGGUGAACUGGAAGUGAGACAGGCCAACGAAACCCUUAUGCGAUACUUGAAACAAUGCUCCGAAGUGAACGAUGGAUCGUUAUCAGGUGAACUGGAAAUCGAUAAAAAUCUCGACGAUCGUUACCAUCGAAAAACUCGGUCGCAACGGGAACGAAACAGUGGACAUCGUUCAAGUAACAGUAGCAUUGGAGCUGCGGGCGAAGGUAAAUCGACUAGAACCAAAAGCAUGAGUGCAUUUUCCAUGAUUGGUAAUCGAGCCGCAUCGUUUGCACGUGAACGAAUGCCUUCCAGCGGACUCUCGAAUAUUUUACAAGAACUGACUGCAGACAUCAUCCCAACUAACGAUGAAAUCUACAAUCCAUUCACGCCAGUCGUUUCGCCAACAGAGGGACCACGCACCGACAAAAUGUUCAUUCAAACACCGCGCGGAUUUCGAUCCGUUUCAGAUAACCACUUUCUUAAAUCAGCCACACAUGACGAUCCGGAUUGUGGCCGACCUGGAGUAGCAAAUAAUGCUGCUAGUUUAUCCUGUUUUGUGCAGCGAGUUUGGAUUCUACUAGCAAAUAUGUGCCAUGGUUUGCUGGCGGGCUUGGCACUAGCUCAUAUUCUAUUUAUUGGGACAACAACUCCGAAAGAUUUGCUUAGCGGCUCUCUAAAGUCGUAUAUAUCGUCGACUGAAAUAUACACUAAUACAUUCUAUUGCUUGGCAAUUCUCUGUUUAGUAUCAAUAUUGGAUCGAAUGGAUAUUUGUCGCUGCACUGUACUAAACGCAAACGAAUCAAUAUCAUUCCGAUGGAUUAUUGUUGUGAUGAUUUACAUGGCAACAAUUAUAUUAUGUUUAUCAUCCGAAUCAUUUGAUGAACGAUUUUAUAUACUAUCAAACAAUGUAAACAACACAUCGACCUCUACAAUGGAAAUGCAGGAGCAUAGCAGAGUGGUGAACAUAUGGAGUUCGUUGUCGUUGGCGAGAAGUAUUGGCGCAAUAGUUGGUUGGAUUCUGAUUGGUUUGCGACCAUCAGACGAUCAUCUUUAUGAUCAAUUAGUCGAAAUGGAAAAAUACAAAGUGGGCAAUAAUUAAAUUAGUCAAUAAUCGAAUAGACUUAUCUACCUACCGAAAAGAGAAAUCAAAUUCACUGUAUAGCCAAUAAAAACAAAACUAAUAUCAUUUAAAUAAAAUAUUUAGAGAGUUGCAAUAAUAAAAUUAUCAAUGCCUAAGUAUCAACAAAUAUUCUUAUCUCCAAAAA